CUUGAGGUCAGAUCGGCUGGCUUGUUGCUUGCCCUCCUCGAUAUCACUUCUCCAUCAAAAGACGGGCGCCAAUAUGCCUAGCGAGCGCUCUCCAUUGCUCUCGGCCACCAGAGACGAGGAUGUAUCCCCAACUCCUCUUCCUCGCCGACAGAUACUGGUCCUCUGCCUCAUCCGCAUCUCCGAGCCCCUCGCAUUCCUCGUCAUCUUCCCUUUCAUCGCCUUCCAGCUCUCCGAUGCCAUGCCCAACGUCCCACCAGAGCGGCUAGGGUACUACGUGGGCCUAGUGGAGAGCGCCUUCGCCGCUUUGCAAUUCAUCGUCGCCACACCAUACGGCCGACUGAGCGAUAGGGUCGGGAGGAAGCCCAUCAUCUUCGUCAGUCUUGCAGGAACUGCUCUAGCUAUCAACCUAUUCGGCACUGCUAGGAGCUUUGAGGGGAUCUUACUGGCUCGAUGUGUCAAUGGCAUCUUUGGCGGGAGUAUUGGAAUUGUCAAGACUAUCUUGGGGGAGAGUACCGAUGGCAGCAAUUCGGCGAGGGCCUUCACGCUGCUGCCUAUCAUGUACAGCGUUGGGGCCAUCGUUGGGCCCUUUCUUGGCGCACAGCUCUCCUCUCCAGCGGACAAGUUCCCCAUCUUCAAGGAUGUGACUUUUCUACGCAAGUAUCCUUAUUGGCUUCCCUGCGGGCUGGUCUCGCUUUACGUCCUGGUCACAAUGGUCAUUGCAGCCUUCUUCCUCGAGGAGACGCUCCCUUCCAAGGUGCGCAAGGCCGAGGCGGAUGAGGCGAGCCGAUUACGUGAGGAGCGAGGUGACGAAGGGCAAGCGCUUCUGGAGGCCGACCGUCUUGAAGAGCACGUAGAGGAGGACCAGGCCAAGACGCCUGAGCGACCCUCGAUUCGCUCCCUCCUGACUCGCGAGCGGGUCAACAUUCUCACGACGCAGAUGUUCCUCAACUUCAUCAACAUUUCCUGGUCCUCUCUCAUCCCGGUAUUCUGCUUUGAGCAGGUCCGGCAUGGGGGCGUCGGGCUAAGCAAAGAGGGGAUCGGCCACUUGCUUGCAGCAAAUGGCCUCAUUUCGAUAUUGGUGCAGACCCUCCUUUUCCCCCCGUUGGAGAGGAAGAUGAAUGGCCCACUCAAACUCUACAGAGUCGCAUUGCUGUUCAAUGUGCCUGCGCUGCUGGCCCUGCCCCUUGCUCAUUACUUGUCAGGAGCAGGAGCAGGCAGGGAGUGGGCUUGGACGAGCUUGAUCGCAGGCACCGCCUUCAAGUCCCUCGCAGGCAUGUCGAUCAUCUGCGCUACGCUCCUUGUCACCAAUAGCUGCCCACGCGGCUCGUUGGGGACGCUGAACGGCAUCUCGCAGUCGGCGGGCAGUUUCUCUCGCAUGCUGGGACCCACGCUCGUGACAAGUCUCUUCGCCUUUGGCACGUCGCACAAGGGGCUAGGAAGCGUAGUCUUCAUCUUCUUGGUGAGCGUCGCCUUUGCGACUUGGGCUUUGGCGCAGCGCAUUACGACGAAUAGACGGCAGGACUAGAUGCGGUGAUCGCAUGUAUGUAAUGAUGCUCUUGGUAAUUCUGUAAUGUACAUAAUUGAAAAGACGACC